AAAACAAAUAUGGCGGCAGCUGUCAGAAGCUCACUUCUUGUUCCUAAACUCGAUAGUGUUCCGAAUUUAAGAAUUUUAUGCACAAGAUCCACAUCGUCAAUUUAUUCUAAAUUACAAGAAAACGCUGCUGCAGUUUACAGAUCUUCAAAGCCUGACAGAUUAAUUUCAGAAGAGCUUGCAGAGUUUCGAAAAUUAGGUAUUAAAUGCAUCAUAGACUUCAGAUCUAAAGAAGAAUAUUUGGGUACUGAUGGACAUUGUCUUCUAGACAAGGAGUAUUCGUUAUACAAAGUCUGUGUGCCAAAAGAAAAUUAUAAGGCUGGUGAAAAAGUUAAAUGUGAAAUUAUUUUUAAGGCGAGCAAUAAAUAUGAGACGUCUUCAAAGGACAAGGACUUGUUACAAGAUGAGGAAUUUGCAACAAGUCAAGACAACCCUGAACCAGCGGCAGUACCCAGUUCUGAAACUUUUGAAAAGAAACAUUACUUGAUAAACUUUUUUCGCAUGACUUAUGUUUUUGCAGUGUUUAACAGACUACCAUGGCAUUUAUGGCUCUUGGGAAUACUGUACUUUCUGUUAGACUUAUUGCGAAGAAAUAAGUUCAAAAAUUUUUCUAAGUUCUUUGCCAAGAAAGCCCUCAAUAAAACUGGCAUGUAUGGUCAAUAUGUAGAUAUUGUAGAAUUUAGUCAGUCUUCUAUAUGUUCAGGUAAGUUUAUUUAUGGAUAAUUUUUUGUCAUUUUUAUAUAUUUAUUAAUUUAAUUUUAUUAACAAAUUCUGAAAUUUGUAAAACAAAUCCCAUUCUGACAUUCUCAUUCAUAUUUAAAUUUAGGCAGUGUCUAUACGUCUGGCGCGCCGGAUGUAUAGACAUGUAACAUGACCGCCGUAACAAAGUGGCGAGAGAUAUUUUUUCCAUCAGCCUUGUCACGUGACCGUGAAUGAUUCAAAACUAUUGUUAAUUUUAAAAUCUAUUUCUCUACCAAGUAUUGUACAUCUUGCAUGCAAAUGAUAGAAAAAACUGAAGUGAAAGUGGCUUGUAAACAUUUUUGUUUAGUUUGUUAUUUGAGUUUGUGUACCAGCAACCCAUAAUAUAAUUAGGGGCCAGUAUUCAAUAUGGAGUAGGCAACCAAUAAAAGUAAAAGAUUUUAAAUUGUAAAGUAAACAUUUUAAAUUGUUAAAUUGCUAAAAAUAUUUUAAAACUUCUCAUAAAACUACUGUUGCUGAUGAACAUGAUAAUAUAAAUAUAAUAUAAAAUAUUUUUGAUUAAAAUGGGGGAAAAAGGGGUGCCCAUGCGGGGAAUCGAUCCACAAAAAUAAUAUCGUCAAGCUGCCACACUACCACAAGACCACACAAAAUCUUCUAAAUAGAUAACUCCUUCGGAAUAAUAACACCUACAAGUCGUCUGGCGGUCACGUGACAUGCUCGCUGGACACACUAUCUCCCACACUAUUUGUCCGGCGCGGCGUCCGGCGCCGGACGUGUAGAUACUUCGUUAAAUUUAAUUUUAGUUUUUGUAGUUUACUUAUUCUUUACUUACUUACUUAUGCCUUUUACCUCAACUGGGGCAUAGACCAUCUACAAGAAUUUUCGGCUAAAACUAGAGGAUGUCACGACGUCUUUUCGGUGUUUACGUGUGGCAGUCACUUCCCUUUGUUUAAUUUUAGAGAAUUAUUUUUUUAUGUAUUAGUAUUCGUACGCCGAUGGCAUGUUUUGUAUUAAAAUUUUAAUUGGUUGAUUAAUUAUAAUUUUAAAUUUUGAUUGGGUGGGUCAUAAUAAGGUAUGUUUCUUUCCGCCAUAUUUGAUUUAUUUGGUCUGCACGUCUGGUGGUGCUGGCCUUGUAUUUUAUUUAUUUUGUGGAUAUUAUUUUCGGUGGAACCUAAAAUAAAAUUUGUAAAAGUGUAUUUCAUGAAACUUUAAUUUGGUUUUCAUUAUUUCUUUAUUUUAUAAAUAUUUUUGGUCAUUUUUAUUGUUUUUGUUUAUUUUCAUAGUUUUCUUGCCACAGUGUGUAAAUUCCAUGUGUUUUCACUUGCGGCUUUAGUGCUAGUUUUAGGGUUUGGGUUAGGUUUAGGGAUCGAUUUUGGGAGUUUCGAUAGGGUCAAAACCCUGGUUCCUUUAGGGUCAAAACCCUGGUUCAGAUAGGGUCAAACCCUGGUUCCGAUAUAGUGAAAACCCUGGUUCAGAUAGGGUCAAAACCCUGCUUAGUUUAGGUUUAGGGAUAGAUUUCCCAAAAAAUGCUCUUAAUUUUAUUUCUUUCCUUUCAUUUUUUAUUAAUUAACACAUUUUUUUCUCCCUCCACUUCCUUUUUAAUAACACAUGUUUUGCACUACUUUUUUAGACGCCAUCUUGGUUGACACUUCACGUGACUUCAAGGGUCGUGUCAACCAAGAUGGCGGCCAUUGAGAAAAUUGUGGCAUCCUCUCUCAAAAUUUACAGAAUUUUCCAUUCAUCUCGGUCCUGUGCUUUCCUUUCCAGUUACUUUCAAGUGUAUCCCAUACUUUGUGUCUGCCUCUAGCUCACGUUUCCAUGUAUUCUUAGGCCUUCCUCUCUUUCUUUUUCUCUGUGGUUCCAUGUUAGGGAUUAUCUGGUGAUGUUAUCUGGGAGUUUGUGGAUAGUGUGCCCUAUCCAUCUCUUCCAUAUGAUGUCUUCAGCAAUAGACCCCUGGUAUGUCCUUUCCAGUAUGUCUUUGUUGGUGAUGGUGUUUGGCCAUUUGAUGUUCAGGAUCUUUCUAAGGCAAGUGUUUAUGGAGGUCUGUACUUUCUGUUUAAUGCUCACUGCUGUUCUCCAAGUUUCAGCUCCAUACAGUAGGACUGUUUGACAUUUGUGUUGAAAAUUCUGACUUGGGUUUGCUGAGUCAGCUUCUUUGACUACCAUAUUUUCUUUUAAUAUUUAAUAGCACAAAUGCUGACCUAGCCUUUCUAAUUCUAGCCUUUACAUCCGCUUCGAAUCUACCAUUUAUGUCAGUGGUGCUACCUAAGUAUGUAAAGGCCUCCACUUCUUCCAUCUCAUUUCCUGCCAGAGAGAUAUGCUCUUGGUUGGCUGAGUUUACCUUGAUGAUCUUUGUCUUGCUUUUAUUUAUAUUGAGUCUGAGCUGUGCUGAAAUGGUGGCUACAUCUUUAGUCUUUUCCUCCAUUUGUUGCUGGUUGUGGGACAGAAGUGCAAUGUCAUCUGCAAAGUCUAGGUCAUUCAGUUGUUUCCAGGGGUCAACUGUAUCCCGUGUCCUCUUUUUGUGUGUGGAUUUUGUUCAUUAUCCACUCAAUGGCCAGGAUGAAUAGAAAGAAGAACAAAAGACAACUUUGUGUGACUCCUCUUUCCACUUUAAAGGCAUCUUUAAGUCUACUUUUGUGUAACACCCUGCAUGUCAUUAGUUCUUCAUAAGAACUCUGAAUGAUCAUGAUUAGUUUUUCUGGUACCCCAUAAUGCCAGAGAAGUUUUCACAAGGUUUAUUACUAUCAAAGGCUUUUUCCGAGUUGAUAAAAUUUAUUUAAAGACUGUUCUACAAUGAUUGGUAGUGUUGCAGUUUGAUCUGUGCAUGAUCUGUUUCUGUGUUGGCACAAUUGCUGAGAAUCCCUUUCUGUUGUGAUUUUAUCCAGUCCUUACUUAUUCACCUUUGUGCUAACAUAUUUUGGGUUAACAAGGCAGAAAUCAGAAAUGAUCCAAAUGAAAUUUUAUCAGAUUAUUAUUUUUUUUUCAAGAGAUCCUCUGUAAUCUUUAAAGUGACAUCCACUUCUAAAUUACCAAUUAUUUUCUACAUUUCACCCAGAUAUCUAUUCGAUUUUUCUUUUUAAAAAAAUAUGCCACUUUCUAUACAGAAACCUAAUGAGAUCGCCAUUCAUAUAUUAUAUAUAAUAGCGUAAUAUAUCAGUACAUAAUAGAAAUCCUAUAGAUAUUGAGGAAUUUUAAAAGUUGCAUCUUUCUCAUUUUUAAGAUUUUCUUUUCAUAGUGGGGAAUUAUCUUAAUAAAUGUAUGGUGUGUUGUCUUUACCCAUUACACCCAACAAUUUGUGAGUUUCAGCUGGACUCUUUGUUUUUUUCUGGGCUUUUCUUGGGACAGCUAGCUGUAUUCAAUGUCAAUCAGUUUAAUAAAUUAUUAUUAGACAUGAACUGUUAAUACACAUUUUUAUUUAAAUUUUAAUGUUUCUCUUCUACAUUUUAUUUGAUAGUCCCUUAUAAAAUAUUAAUUUUUCAAUCAGCUCUCAAGCUGCUUUCUGAUCCCAACAAUCUACCUGCACUGAUCAAUUGUGCUCAUGGGAAGGACAGGACGGGGAUUGUGUCUGCUCUUGUUUUAACUUGUUUAGGAAUGCCUAAAGACUAUGUUGCUGAAGAGUAUGCUUUGUCAACAGUAAGUAGUUCUUAACUUGUUCUAUUUGUAUUGUAUAGAGUUUAUUACCUCACACAUAAUUGUUUGAAGUCAUUGAUUUUAGAAGUUGCUAAGAAUUUUUCAUUAAUGAAGUUUUCACAAAUGAUUUUUUUUCAGGAAGGUUUGGAACCAGUGAAGCAUCUUGUUUAUAAGGAUAUUGUUGAAAAGUAUCAUUUGCGAGAGGAGUUCUGCAAAUCCGAUGCUGAAACAAUGAGAAGUCUUUUGACAUACAUUGAACAGAAGUAAAUAUUUUUGUAAUGUUUGAAAUUUAUAAAAAGUUACAGACAUUUUUUAAAAAUAUUAUUUUUUUCCUAGUUGAAAGGAUAUUAUUUAUUAUUAUUUAAAAAAUUCUCAGCUCAUAAUUUGUGUUGCAAAAAAACAAUUGCUGUUUCAGUGGGUAGUAUAAGUUCAGACAAAAAACAACAAAUAUUUAUCCAUGACAUUACAUACCCAGAACCCAUAGCCACAUGUCAUUCAGACAAAACAACUAAUUUGGAGCUGUCCAGAAAAAAUCAGUGCUUAGAUCAGCGGUUCUCAACCUGUGGAUCGCCUUAGACCAUCUGAAAACACAAAUACUCUACAGUUAUGAAGUAGCAACGAAAAUAAUUUUGUGGCUGGGGGUCGCCACAACAUUAGGAACUGUAUUACAGUACAGGCAUUCCUACUUUUUAUCAGGACAAUGCUGACAUUUAAUUAAAUAGAUUUAUUAAGUUUUGACGGGAUUAAGAUAAGAAGAAUGAAAGUAUAUUUGUGCAUGUAGCAAAGCUUCUCGUUCAGUAAUAAAGUAGACAAAAUACAAGAUAAGACAUACAAGGGACUACAAUUCUUCAGGAUUAAAAAUACUAAGAAGAAAAGUAGAUAUGAUGAAAUUUAUUUUUAAAGCUUGUAAUUCUGUUAGUUACCAUUUUUUUAAUCAUCAUUCAUAUUUCAACAACAGGUACACGUCAGUAGAGGGUUAUAUGUGCCACAUUGGUUUUGGCACGGAAGAGCAGCAAGAACUGAAACAAAAUUUGGAAGCUUUCGUCUAUAGCAGUUCAGAGCUAGACAGAGACGCCAAGGAACACGAGGAAAGUCUGUUAUUUGGGGAUGUAAGUAAUCCCAGCAGUAGAAUUUUCAAUCUUGAGGGUGUGGACCAGGAACAAAGCAACGAGGAGCAGUAGAGACCUAAAUGGGAGGAAAUGACCAACAGAUUACACAUUUUAUUAUUUUAAGUUACAAGUUUAAAAAAACAAACUAUUUGUGCACAAAAAGAACCAGAGUUUCUAAAAGGUCUAUUACAGGAAUUAAUGUUUGAAUGGUCUGGCUGUGUCUUAAUUUGUAAAUGGGUGGGUACAGUGAAAGGACUCUAAAGAUAGUUGCCAUUAUUUGGGGGGAGGAGGGAGUGGGUGUGCAGGUUUGUGGGGCAAAAUUUAUUGGUCUGUUCAGAACUGACCCAUUUAUAGUUUAUUACAGACCUGUUAACUCUUACGAUUUUGGCGUACAAUGUACGAUUUUGAGCUGUAUACAUUAUAUACCGUAUGUUUAUUUUUUUACUAUUAAGAUAAUUUAUUAAACGAUUUUGUGAUGAUAUUGUACGAUUUUAAGUUUGAGGGUAAACAGGUUUGUUACUAGUACCGAUAGCGUAAUCUAAUGAGGGUAUCUGUUGAUUAUUAAUUAUUUCAUACGUGUAAUAAAGUGAAAUUAUUUAUAUUUGUUGUGUAUUUUAGUAUCUAUAGUAUCUGCUAGUAAAAUAUUUAUGAUGAAUGUUAAAUGAAAUGUGUAUAAAAUUAAUUCACUCAUAUUAUCUAGUCUUGAUGUGGAUACUUUAAUUUAACCAGAUUCUACUGUACUUUAUGUUAAAAUGUCUCGCCCUUUUUUUUAGUGCUGAAAAUGAAUAUUGGAUUAGAAAAUAACACUAUUUAGCAAAGUUAUGCCGGUACUUCCAUUUAGUCAAUCAGGCCACUGUGAGUUUAGUCAAUCAGGCCAAUGUGAGUUUUUUGUUAAACAUUUAACGUGCAAGAGUUCCAUUUACUUGACCUAAAAAUGUUCAUGGGUUACUAAAAAAUACAUUGAAAAAUAUUUUCUUCUCACCAUUUGGUGGGUAUUUGUUAUCCAAACAUAUGGGAUAAUUAGGCAAACAAAAAAAUUCAAAAAGUUUCUUCAUUUUAAUUUAUUAUAUAGAGACCAAUAUGUGUUCUCAUGAUAAUAAUUUAAAUUGCAGCACUGAAUCCCAGCUAUGAUUUGGGUAAAUAGGUCAUCAACUUAUAUAACAUACAUUUUUUAAAACUUGAAACUAUAAUUAAAGUGUAUUAUUUUCAAGCUUAGUUAUUUAGCUAUUAAAUGUUGGCAUGGUACUGUGUAAUAUAAAUGUUGUAACAUCAUAAUUAUAAGUCUGCUAAGCUGAUUUGAAACUAACAAAAUAUGUGAAACACAUUGAAAAAAAAAAAGACUGUAUAUAUCUCUGAGUACUGACACAACCAUGUUAUGGUGCCAUAUUAUUCACUAUACUUUGUUUUUUCUUGACACCAAUUAAAACCUAACCAUGCACAAGAUGUGUUAAAGCUUGAUUUACAAAAGAAAAAAAACAAAACUUUUCUUUCACAAGCUUGAUGGCAGGUUCCCAAUCCCUCCCCACCCAAUCCCAUCACCUCCAUGUUAUCUUUCCAUGCCUAACCUAGUCAUCGAUGUCUACUUGUUUAUUGUUGCACAAUUAAUGGCCUUUUACGUAACCAUUUUGCUGUGUAAUUUAUUUUGUUGCUUGUCAGAAUCAUUUUAAUAAAUAUAUAUUUAGAACAUCUAUAAUUACCAAUGAUGUCUUAAGUGUCUUAUGAAAUUUUUUUGUGGGUCUAUUUUUAUUACACACAAUGGAAAAAAAUGGCCUCAAAGAUGACUUGAAAUAUUCUCCUGGGCGUCUCCAAAAAUCCUGUAUGCGAUUGAGAGGAGGAAGAAAUACCCCUUAAAAUUUUAAAUGCCUUCAUAUUUUCUGUCUGUAAUUGCACACUUUUCAUUCAAAUUUGUUUCAGAUUUAUUUUUGCAUGACCACACUUUCAGAAAUAUCUACUAGCAUUUUAGAAACUAAGAAAUGCCUUUGAAAAACAAUUUUAAAACCAAAAGUGCACACAUUACACCAGCUUUUUAAACUUUUAUUCAGAUCUUAUAAACAGUACAGAAUACUUGAAGCAUGAUGAUUGAACUCAUUGGAAUGUAAUGUAAC